AUGGCUCCAACAAAUAGCGACCAGGACUCGCACGACCCGGGCCCGGACGAGCAAAAGGUCCGGGUCCAAUCCGGGACCACGGGCGCCAAGAUGGCUGCCGAGGUGGCUCCGCAACAUCCAUCACACCCAUCAGAGCGAGCAGCGCCCGCCAGCAACAACACCACUAGCAGCCUCAGCUCCACCGCCGCUUCCGACGACCGCAGACGCCAGAUCAACCGCGACGACUUCUCGGGCCUGCAGGUCGUCGAGCCAGGCCUGGAGGUCCCCCACAGCUCCCUCCCCGAGGCCCUCCCCCCCUCGGACCCGCAGACCCAGUUCGUCGAGUACAAGGCAUGGGGCGAGAACGCGCCGCCGCCCCAGGCGGUGCAUCCGUCACAAAACAACCUUCCAGGCGGCGGCGGGUUUCCCUUCCCCGAGGCGGUCUCGCCCGGCGGCGACACCGCCUACACGCCCAUCAGCCAGCCCUACAGCAAGACCAGCAGCGCCACGUACAACGGGGGCCACAACCCGUUCGACGGCGAGAAGCAGCAGCAGCAGCUCGGCGAGAAGAGGAUAUGCGGCCUGCGCAAGAUGGUCUUCUGGUGCGUGCUGGCCGUGGCGAUCUUCGUUGUCGUUGCAGGCGUGGCCGUCGGCGUUGGCGUGGGGUUGGGGACGAGGGAUGAUGGCUCGAGCUCAAAUCCGACGUCAACAGCAACGAGCACCCACAGCGUGCCGUCAGCGACAGCGACGGCCGUGGCAUCCCCGUCGGCGUCCAUCAUCUGCCCCUACGCCAACAGGACCGUCUACAGCCUCGAGUCGAAGACCGACAAGAACUUCCUCGUGAUGUGCGGGCGCGACUACAACAGCUGCUGCGGGGCCGUCGACAUGCUGACCGUCAACACGACCAGCUUCGAGGACUGCCUGGAGCACUGCGGCUCGCAGGAGGGGUGCACGGCCGUGGGAUGGGGCAACUACUACGGCGUCAACACUUGCUGGCUCAAGAGCGCCUGGGGCGAGCCCAACUGGAGCGGGAGCUGGUAUGCUGCUGUCCUGGUCGACUCAAUAUGA